AUGCCCCGGUUCAAUCCCAUCAGCAUCAGCGGCUACCACAUCCGCGAGGCCGGCAGCAACGCGGUGCAGGAGCUGGCCUUCACGCUGGUAGACGGCUUCGAUUUCUUCUUCAACGUCCACAACGACUUUUUCGAGGAGAUUGCCAAGUUCCGGUCGGCCCGACGCAUCUGGGCGCGGGAAAUGCGUGAGACCUUCGGCGCGGAGAACGAGCGUUCCGGCUGGCUGCGUUUCCACGCCCAGACUUCCGGCGCGUCGCUGACGGCGCAGCAGCCGGAGAACAACGUGGUUCGGGUGUCUUUGCAGGCCCUGGCCGCGGUGCUGGGCGGCUGCCAGUCGCUGCACACCAACGGCAAGGACGAAGCCUGGGCCCUGCCGUCCGCCGAGGCCGCCCUCCAGGCGUUGCGCACCCAGCAGAUUAUCGCCCACGAAACCGGCGUCGUCGACACGGUGGACCCGUUGGGCGGCAGUUAUUACGUGGAAGCGCUGACCAACCAGGUUGAAGCCGGCGCCUACGACUAUUUCGAGCGCAUCGACCGGCAGGGUGGGGUGAUUCCGGCGCUGGAGUCGGGGUUCUUCCAGCGCGAGAUUGCCGACGCGGCCUACCUGUAUCAGCAGGAAGAAGAUCGUCAGGAACGCCUUACCGUGGGUGUCAACGCAUUUACGGCCAGUGACGAGAGCCUGUCAAUCCCCAUCCUGCGGGUGGACGAGGCCGGCGAACAGCGGCACAUCGCCCAUCUGAACGAGAUUCGCCGGCGUCGGGACAACCGGGAGUUGGCGGUACGCCUGCGCGCUCUGGAAUCCGCAGCCCGGCAAAAUGGCAGCCACGCCAAUCUGAUGUAUCCCCUCAUCGAAGCCGUGAAAGCCGAGGCUACCCUGGGCGAGAUGAUGGGCGUGUUUCGGAACGUGUUCGGCGAAUACCAGCCCACCUGGGGCUUUUAA